AUGGCCGGACCGGCGCAGUGGGCCGACCACUUCCCCACGUGCGGUGGUUCUCGUCAGUCACCCAUUGACAUCACCACCACGACGGGAGGAAACGUGGCAACACGCUCACUGAAAUUCAGAGGCGAGUGUGCCAACUUUAAUCUCACGCAGGCGACUGAUACGUUCAUGGCAAGUGUCGUUGGAGGGUCCUGCGCGGCAUCGGCGAACGGUGCCUCCUAUAGCAUUACGCAGUUCCACAUCCACGCCCCCUCGGAGCACACCCUCGAUGGCAAGCCGCUGGACGGAGAGGUCCACUUCGUCCACAGCAACGCAGACGGCUCUGCCCUUAUGGUCGUGGGUGUCUUUCUGCAAGUAGCGAACGCAGGCACGACGGACCCGUGGAUGGGCUCGGUGCUCGACGGGAUGGAAGCUGUCACGCCGGCCGCUGCAACCACGAUGAACGUGUAA